AUGCUGGUGCACACUUACUCCGCCAUGGAGCGCCCCGACGGGCUCGGCGCAGCGGCUGGCGGGGCCCGUCUGUCGUCUCUGUCCCAGGCAGCCUACGGACCGGCGCCACAGCUCUGCCACACGCCGGCGGCCGCAGCUGCCGCCGACUUCCAGCCGCCCUACUUCCCGCCGCCCUACCCGCAGCCGCCACUGCCCUACGGCCAGGCGCCCGACGCCGCCGCCGCCUUUCCCCACCUGGCCGGGGACCCAUACGGCGGCCUGACGCCCCUGGCGCAGCCACAACCUCCGCAGGCUGCCUGGGCCGCGCCCCGCACUGCCGCCCGCGCCCACGACGAGCCGCCCGGCUUGCUGGCGCCGCCCGCCCGCGCUCUGAGUCUCGACCCGCGCCGUGAGUACGCCGCCGCAGUGCCCCGGCUACUGCACAGCCUGGCCGACGGUGCGCACGGCCUAGCUGAGGCGCCCCUGGGCCUUCCCGGGCUGGCGGCGCCACCUGGCCUGGAAGAUCUGCAGGCCAUGGAUGAGCCGGGAAUGAACCUCCUGGACCAGUCUGUGAUAAAGAAAGUCCCCAUCCCCUCCAAAGCCAGCAGCCUUUCGGCCCUCUCAUUGGCCAAAGACAGCCUGGUUGGCGGCAUCACCAACCCCAGUGAGGUCUUCUGCUCCGUGCCUGGACGGCUUUCCUUGCUCAGCUCAACAUCCAAGUACAAGGUGACCGUGGGGGAAGUACAGCGGCGACUCUCACCUCCUGAGUGCCUCAACGCCUCCCUCCUGGGGGGCGUCCUCCGCAGAGCCAAGUCCAAGAAUGGGGGUCGGUGUCUACGGGAAAGGCUAGAGAAGAUUGGGCUCAACCUGCCAGCUGGCCGUCGGAAGGCUGCCAAUGUGACACUGCUGACCUCAUUGGUGGAGGGAGAGGCUGUGCACCUGGCUCGAGACUUUGGCUACGUCUGUGAGACUGAGUUCCCAGCCAAAGCAGCCGCUGAGUACCUGUGCCGACAGCACGCUGACCCGGGGGAACUGCACAGCCGCAAGAGCAUGCUGCUGGCCGCCAAGCAGAUCUGCAAGGAGUUUGCUGACUUGAUGGCUCAGGAUCGCUCCCCAUUGGGCAACAGCCGCCCAGCACUCAUCCUGGAGCCUGGAGUGCAGAGUUGCCUGACACACUUUAGCCUCAUCACCCACGGCUUUGGAGGGCCUGCCAUCUGUGCUGCCCUCACCGCCUUCCAGAACUACCUGCUGGAGUCACUCAAGGGACUGGACAAGAUGUUUCUAACCAGUGUAGGCAGUGGGCAUGGUGAAACCAAGGCUUCAGAGAAGGAUGCCAAACAUCGGAAAUAACCGAAUCUCUCAUUCAUCCUAAGGGGCUCCCAAGCCCUGAGUUGAGACUUAGCUCCUAAGGUGGCCCUGAAAGGACUAAAAGGUGGGAUUAGAGUCAGGCCAGAAAAAGAACAUUCAUCCAGAAACCCCAGUUAGGGCUCUGGAUAGGAGCAAGGGAGGUGGUCUGUUGGUAAGAGCCCAGGUAUCUGUCUCACGUGUGCAAUUGUCUGACCUUUGCUAAAAAGGGCUUGGACAGGAAAUUGGUAUGAAAAAGUCUAGCUUGAGGAGCAGAGCCCUACCCUUUAGGGAGUCUGGGCAGCAGUGGGCUCCUAGGGGCCGAGGUUUUCUGCUUUUUAAUAAUAGCUGGAGGACAUUGUUAACAAAUCAGAGGUGCUACUGAAGAGCUAGUAAGCCUCAUCCCAGAAUCUCCUACCCCAGAAAAGAGGUGCUGGAAGGAGGUCCCAGUGGGCUUUGUGAACCCUUUCCAUUCUUGAAGCAAAGGGCAGGAGAAGCCCUAGUGGAACAAAGACAAAGCACAACUUGCAGAACUUGAAUCCAGGCUGCGCGUCACAGCCCUGUUGCUAUUUGUCCUAUUUAUUUAUGUAUGAUGUAAUUAAAUUUGAAAGUUUAAAAAUGUCGAGCACAACUUACUUAUCCCAGUGAGUUGGGGAUUUAUUUCACUGUUUUCUGCUCAUUCUCUGAGAGGACCAUCAGGACCAGGACAGAGAGGGUGUUUUGCUCACAGAGAGCUGUGCAUGGGCUGGGAGGGAAGAAAGGUAUGUCAGGCACCCUGAUGUCAUCACAGGGUUUUGUAUUUGCUGUUUCUCUCCACCCUACAGUUGAAACACCUCCCCAUCUCUCAGAUUGCUUCCUCAGUCUCUUAAUAAAACCUGAC